CCGGGUAUCAUCGGUUGCAGCGUCUGGACGAUACGAAGCGUGUGAAUCGAGAAUCCGGUCGCCUGCGAGAACUUCUCUGUGAAGCGACCGACAGAAGCAGAUACACACCUCCAAGUUGUCGGCCGCAGUGUCGAGACGGCGACACCGGCAAAGAUGGCUACACAUUCGUUUUCCGGGAGCGCACCCUCCCACGCUCAGUCGUCGUUACCAUCAUUGCCCGCACAUUUGCAAUCAGAUACGCAUUUGACGGCCCAUCUUGCUAGCAGGUUCCAUGUUUCUCUGCCUACAGCCCGGCUAUCGUCACAAGCUCUAAUAUGUCUCAACACUUACACAUCCUCUGCCAAAGGCCCCGAUGGGGGGAAGGAGGGGAGUGCGAUGGGUGAAGCAGAGGACCUGGCCAGGCGGGCAUGGACCAGGUUAGGUGCGCGUGGAGAGAACCAAGCCAUUGUAUUCCUGGGCGAAUCAGGCGCUGGAAAGACCACUAUCCGGUCGCAUUUGCUGUCAUCGUUUCUCUCGUUUUCCUCCACGCCGCUGUCGACGAAGCUUUCCCUUGCUGCUUUCGUCUUCGACUCGUUGACGACGACCAAGACGGUCACGACUCCGACCGCGUCGAAAGCCGGUCUUUUUUUCGAACUGCAGUACGAUGGUUCGUCGUCGGUGAAUCCGACCCUGAUCGGUGGUAAGAUUAUCGAUCACCGGUUGGAACGCAGCCGCAUUGCAGCAGUUCCCACGGGAGAGCGCAGCUUCCAUGUGUUGUAUUAUUUGCUAGCUGGUACCAGUGCUGCAGAAAAGGCUCAUCUGGGAUUUGAUAACUCGAUCAAUAUCACCUCUGGUGGUACGGGCAAUCUGUCGUCAGGAACAGUGAAGCACAAGAGAUGGCGCUAUCUGGGUCACCCUACCCAACUCAAAGUUGGAAUCAACGACGCAGAAGGCUUCCAGCACUUCAAGACGGCAUUGAGAAAGCUCGAAUUUCCUCGAAGCGAUAUUGCGGAAAUCUGCCAGAUCCUCGCCAGUAUCCUUCAUCUCGGACAGCUCGAGUUCACGACCGGCCAAGCCACAACGACAGCGGCAGAAGAAAGCGGCGGAUACUCCCACGAAGGAGGAGAAACAGUAACUGUCGUGAAAAACAAAAAUGCUCUCGAAAUCGUGGCGGCAUUCUUGGGUCUUAGUAUGUACGAUCUCGAGACCAGUCUCGGAUAUAAGACGAAGACGAUCCACCGGGAACGCGUCACCAUCAUGCUAGACCCCCAGGGCGCGCGAGCAAACGCUGACGAACUCGCUCGUACUCUGUACUCUCUUCUUGUCGCCUACGUGAUCGAGAACGUCAACCAGAGAAUCUGUGCGGCUGAAGACAGCGUUGCUAACACCGUAUCCAUCGUCGAUUUCCCCGGAUUCGCCCAGGUAUCCUCUACCGGCUCCACCUUGGACCAGCUUCUAAGCAACGCCGCUGCCGAAUGUCUCUACAACUACUGUCUUCAGAGUUUCUUUGAUCGCAAGGCCGAUGCGUUGGAGCGGGAGGAGGUCAGUGUGGCCGCAACAAGCUACUUCGACAACACCGACGCGGUGCGGGGACUCCUUAAAUCUGGAAAUGGCCUUCUCAGUAUCCUGGAUGACCAGACACGACGUGGCAGAACCGACGCUCAGUUCCUGGAAAGUCUGCGGAAGCGUUUUGAGAAUAAGAACCCCGCCAUCGUCGUUGAGUCCGCUACGGCGGUUCUGCCCGGAAGCAACUUUGUCAGUCCCAAUGCUGCCGCUGCAUUCACGGUGAAGCACUUUGCAGGAGAGGUCGAUUACCCUGUGGAAGGCCUAGUAGAGGCUAAUGGAGACAUCGUCCCCGGUGACCUCAUGAACUUGAUCAACUCUACCAAGAGUGAUUUCGUCCGUUCUCUGUUUGGGCAGGAGGCCUUGCAGACGAUCACCCACCCUAAAGAGAAGACCGCCAUCAUGCAGGCGCAGGUGAGCUCCAAGCCGCAAAGAAUGCCUAGUCUGGCGAGGCGCAAAGACAGUCCUCCAAGAUUGUCGUCAAUGGGCACGAGAAUCAGCGAAGAGGCCGAAGAUAGCAGCCACGCAGGUAGCAUGACCAAGACUGGGGCCGGUAGGAGGAAAGGCACAAUGCUUUCUCCCAAGCAGGGUGCAGCAGGCCAAUUCCUAGCUUCACUUGAUAUUAUCAACAAGUCCCUCAGCGCACCCAAUGUCAAUCCCUAUUUCGUCUUCUGCUUGAAGCCCAACGAUCGCAGGAUUGCCAACCAGUUCGACAGCAAAUGUGUUCGCGCUCAGGUGCAGACAUUCGGAAUCGCAGAGAUCAGCCAACGGUUGCGCAAUGCAGACUUUAGUGUGUUCCUGCCAUUUGCUGAAUUCUUAGGUCUCGCUGAAGUGGACACUGUUGUUGUAGGAAGUGACAGGGAGAAAGCGGAGGCUGUCUUGUCGGAGAGGAAAUGGCCCGGCAACGAAGCAAGGGUAGGCAGCACUGGCGUUUUCUUGAGUGAAAGAUGCUGGGCGGACCUUGCCAAAGUGGGUGAGCGUGUCGUGCCCGUCUAUUCCGCCGAUGGAUUGGAUGACGGGGAUGCCGUAUAUCCAGGACACGGUCCUUACGGCGACUCUAAGGUCCGGCUGCUCAACCCCGUCGAACACUCUCCAGGUGCUUAUAUUUACGGGGACGAGACCAAACAAGGCUACUUCGGUAGUCGCGAACUCGAUGGCCGCUCGGAUGCGGGAGCAUCAGCCUUCAACCACGACAUGUUCCAGAAUCUCGAGACCCGAGAGCAAAUGGCCGAGAAGAGUAAUGAACGUAACAUGGAAGAAGUUGAAGAUGUCCACGUCUCCGGCAGCCGUAAGCGAUGGCUGGCUAUCGUCUACCUUCUGACAUUUUGGAUCCCAGAUUUUAUGAUCCGGUUUGUGGGUCGAAUGAAACGCAAGGAUAUUCGAACUGCAUGGCGUGAAAAACUCGCCAUCAACAUGAUUAUCUGGUUUAGUUGUGGCUUGGCGAUUUUCAUUAUCGUCUGGUUCCCUGGCCUGGUCUGUCCAACCCAGCAUGUCUACUCGACAUCUGAACUGGCUUCACAUAACGGAAAGAAAGGCCAGAGCUCUUAUGUGGCCAUUCGGGGUCUUGUCUUUGACUUGGGAGAGUUCAUGCCUUCACAUUAUCCAAGCAUCGUUCCGCAGUCUGCCCUGAAGAAGUACGCGGGUACUGAUGCAACCGCGCUUUUCCCGGUCCAGGUCUCUGCUCUUUGCCAGGGCACGACUGGUUCGGUCGACCCUACUGUCCUUCUUGACUAUUCUCCGACCAAUGUCACUGAUUCUGGAACUGCCGUCAGUAGUACUGACGCAAAUGCGCAAUACCACGAUUUCCGCUAUUUCACUAACGACUCGCGACCUGACUGGUAUAUUGAGCAGAUGAUGAUGCUACGCGCCAAUUACCAGAAAGGUUACAUAGGCUACAGUGCUCAGUACAUGAAGACCCUUGCCGACAAGUCAACCUACAUUGCCAGCAUCAAUGGCGAUGUCUUUGACUUCACCAGUUACGUUGCGGGAGGACGCAGGACACAGGCACCUAUUGGAAAGUCAGUGCCCAAAAACGUUAAUACUGACUUCAUGGAGCCUACCGUUGUCCAGUUGUUCCAGGAACGAGCAGGACAGGAUAUAACGAAGUACUGGCAGAAUCUGGACCUGGAUCCCGAGUUGAGAGAUCGGAUGUGGCGCUGUAUGAAUAACUUAUUCUUUGUCGGGCACGUCGAUACUCGAAACUCGCCUAGGUGUCAAUUCGCUCAAUACUUCCUUCUCGCCAUCUCGAUCACGCUUUGCUCGGUUAUCACAUUCAAAUUCUUUGCGGCAUUGCAGUUUGGUAGGAAGAAUACUCCGGAACACCUGGACAAGUUCGUUAUCUGUCAGGUACCUGCCUAUACUGAGGACGAGGAGUCUCUCCGCCGUGCUAUCGACUCUAUGGCUAGGAUGAAGUACGAUGACAAACGAAAGCUGUUGUGUAUUAUCUGUGACGGUAUGAUCAUUGGUCAGGGCAACGACCGCCCAACCCCGAGGAUCGUCCUUGAUAUUCUGGGUGUUCCGGACAAUGUGGACCCUGAGCCUCUAAGCUUCGAGAGUUUGGGUGAAGGCUUGAAACAGCACAACAUGGCCAAGGUUUACUCGGGUCUUUAUGAAGUGCAGGGUCAUAUUGUCCCUUUCCUGGUGGUCGUGAAGGUCGGAAAGCCUUCUGAAGUCUCCCGCCCCGGUAAUCGCGGUAAACGUGAUUCCCAGAUGGUGUUGAUGCGCUUCUUGAACCGUGUCCACUAUAACCUGCCAAUGAGUCCCAUGGAGCUCGAGAUGCACCACCAGAUAAGGAAUAUUAUCGGUGUGAAUCCCACUUUCUACGAGUUUAUCCUACAAGUCGACGCCGAUACCGUGGUUGCUCCGGACGCCGCCACGAGAUUUGUGUCUUCAUUCAUCAGCGAUACCCGUCUCAUCGGUCUCUGUGGUGAAACGGCCCUGAGCAACGCCAAGUCCUCGAUUGUGACAAUGAUCCAAGUCUACGAAUACUAUAUCUCUCACAAUUUGACAAAAGCCUUCGAGAGUCUCUUCGGAUCAGUCACUUGUCUUCCAGGAUGUUUCAGUAUGUACCGGAUUCGUACUGCGGAAACAGCAAAACCUUUAUUCGUUAGCAAGGAGAUUGUGCAAGCAUACUCGGAAAUCCGUGUCGACACGUUGCACAUGAAGAAUCUGCUGCACUUGGGUGAGGAUCGAUAUCUGACCACGUUAUUGAUGAAGCAUCACCCGACAUUCAAGACAAAGUUCAUCUCCAGUGCUCAGGCUUGGACUAUCGCGCCCGAUAGCUGGACGGUCUUCCUAUCCCAACGUCGCAGAUGGAUCAACUCCACUGUCCACAACCUUGUUGAGCUGAUUCCUCUUCAACAGCUGUGCGGUUUCUGCUGUUUCAGUAUGAGAUUCAUCGUCUUCGUCGACCUUCUCAGUACGGUGAUUAUGCCGGUUACUGUUGCUUAUAUUAUUUACCUCAUUGUCUGGAUUGCCAAGGAUCCCAGUAGUAUUCCGUUCACUGCCUUCAUCCUUCUGGGUGCCAUCUAUGGUCUGCAAGGUAUCAUCUUUAUCCUGCGACGCAAGUGGGAAAUGGUUGGAUGGAUGAUCGUCUACAUUUUUGCAAUGCCUGUGUUCUCACUGGCCCUUCCCCUGUAUGCCUUCUGGCAUAUGGACGACUUCUCUUGGGGUAACACUCGUGUCGUCACGGGAGAGAAGGGCCGCAAGGUUGUCCUCUCCGACGAGGGCAAGUUCGAUCCUGCUUCUAUUCCAAAGAAGAAAUGGGAGGAAUACCAGGCGGAACUAUGGGAGGCCCAGACGUCUCGGGACGACCGCUCAGAGGUCUCCGGCUUCUCCUAUGGUACCAAGUCAUACCACCCCGCGCAAUCCGAAUACGGAUUCCCUGGAUCUCGGCCCAUGUCUCAAAUGGAUCUCCCGCGCUUCGGUUCCCGCAUGUCCUUGGCUGCUUCUGAGAUGAUGGGCCGCAGGGACAUGGAGAUGGAGGAUCUCGCUGGUCUGCCAAGCGAUGAUGCCGUCCUCGCCGAGAUCCGUGAGAUUCUGAGGACGGCAGACCUGAUGACCGUUACGAAGAAGAGUAUCAAACAGGAGCUAGAGAGGCGCUUCGGUGUCAACCUGGAUGCAAAGAGACCGUACAUCAAUUCUGGUAAGUUGCCUUUUCCCCUUCAUUGCGUCACGCUCAAUAUAAAUACUAACCGGGGUCCUCUCCGCAGCUACCGAAGCCAUCUUAUCCGGCCAGCUCUAAGUCUCUCCCGGGCAGUUCACCACCUGCCAACCUUCAGUAUGACCAAGUACUUAAUGCCAUGAAGCAGAACUCGGAGCAUUUAUCAUGCACUCCUCUUCUGUGGAUAUCAUAUAAAGGGAAUUUCUGUUCACAACUCAUGAAAGCAUCACUUCUCAUGUGUCGUUCUUAUUAUCGGGGUUUGGGCAACAUAUCUCUUGAGCGUUUGUAAUUUCUUUUCUUUUCUAAUAUUUCUUGCGCUUUUUCUUUUCCAUACUGUUUGCCGGAAGGGUGGGGUAUAUGCUAUUUUCCUUUUUGAUAAAUGGAAUGCUCCAAGAACGUCGAACUCUCAACUUGGUUUUCAUGUACGGGGACUCAUCUGUCAUAUUUUCUUGCAAGCGUGUUUGAAAAUCGUUCCUAAAUCACAUGCCGUAUCAUAACUAUCACGUACGCAUAAUUAGUAUCCAUGUCCCCCCUCUCUCUCUGUGAUUCAAGGACAAUAGUUAGAUAUGUAUGUACAAGUCUAUGUGUUAAUCUAUUUAUCAAAUAGUCUAAUAUAAUAUAAUCCUAA